GUUGUCCAUCGCGAGGAGGCCGCUCCACACAAGACUCUGGCUUUACUACACGAACACGCCGUGAGACGGCAAUCACUGCAACUGCACCUGCCCAUUUUCAUGUAUCUUUCUUACAUGCAACAUGACGCCGCUCAAGUACACAUGUGCUUUGACGCUGGGCAUAACUGCACGUGGUUCGCGCCUGGCAUCACGUCAAGACGUGACAACCGGCUGUCAAGAUGCGAUCUCUGAUCUUGCCGAUGCAAUUUCCAUGAACGUCAUCCUUUCUUGCCUUCCAGAACCUCGCAAGGCGGCUUUGAGCACGGCAGAGGCGCGCGGGAUUGGCCGAUUUCAAUAUCAGUCGGAUUCUGGCCCUCUUCGUCGCCCGCGGGAAACGGACGGACAAUGGCUAACCUGUUGAAGCCCGAGCUUGCGGGUGCGUGAGGCCAUAUGUUCAUCAUCAUCAUCGUCAGACUUGCAGACAGUGGCAAAGCGUCUGUUGGAAAGACCUCGGCCUACUGGUGAAGGCUCGGAAGAGGCUCGGAAGACGCCUCGUUGCGCGCCUCGUACUUCACGAUUCAACAUGUUGCAGCUGUUCCGCCGCCUCCUGAUGGAAGCUAACCCUGCAACGGCUACGACUGAGAAUUGUGCAUCAAGAGCGGGUAAGGGAACAAUGAUCGGCGCAACCUUUAUUCUGAGUGCUCAGGGACCCCGUCCGUGUUGGGCCGCGCUUAGACAUGCCAGCCGACUUAUUGACAGGUCUCCAAGUCAUCAAUGCUGGGCCUUUAGCCGCAGGUUGCAACUGCCAUACCUUGUCGUGUUUCUAGGGUGGAUUUCCAACGGCUAGAAACGACGCGGACGAAUCACAGGCAAAAGUGCGUGCACGCAAGAGAGCACAUGCGGCGGAGGGAUCUCUGAGACUGUUUCAACCGAUGUUGGGGUUACAACUUUCCCACCACCCGAACCACCGGCACCCUGGAACCCAAAGCGCAUCGGCCAGAGCGAGCGCAGGGCGGAGGGAGCUGGGGAGCGCUUUGCUUGGCGGGCCUGUCACGAACAACACCAUGACCUACUGCUCUCGUCUUCUCCUCUCGUCAUUCACGCGCUUUAUUACCACAACGCCCCGAAGACCAUCAGCCGCUACAAGCUCUCUGGAAGUUUCAUGCGUUCUAGCUCGGCGCCCUAAAUUUAGCCUGACACGUUGGCACCGUCACCCAGCGCCUUCUUGGCCUCGAGAUAGACAGCUAGACAGCUAGGAGCCGAGGAUACUCGAAGAGGGUAGAAACCAAGCUUGCGGAGGUUCCGAGAAUCUAGUCUCGACCGACUCGUGAUUGCAGCUCUGCCGAUAUAUCCUAUCUGCCUGGCCUACAGCUGUUGCGACAUCUGUCGUUCUCUCUUUCCCACCAUCGGCCACAAUGGUGAACACCGGACAUCCGAGCAGGGCCUGCAAGCUUUGCCGGGCCCGCAGAAUCAAGUGCGAUGAGACAAAGCCACACUGCAUCAAGUGCAGGAAAUCCAAGCGGCAGUGCCCUGGGUACAGAGACCCAUUCGAGAUCAACUUGCGCGACGAGACUCAGUCGACCAUCCGGAAGGCAAAGGCUGCAGCGGCUCAGAGGAGGACAACCCGACAUGAUGACAGAGAGACGUCGUCAGAUGAGUCUCCGACCAAGUCAACACACUCUGCGAGUGGCAGUUUGGAACGGGGCAGAGGAUCGCCGCACGCCUCCGAUGGCUCAUGGGAAACGCUCACCCAGUCUGCAUGGUCGUCGCCGUCCUCCCAGGUGGCCAGCUUAAACAGGUCUUCCAGGUCACCGACUUUCAGUAACGGCUUCGGUGUGUUUGACUUCUCAUACCCGUCACCGAACCAAGAUAAUUCAUUCGACUUCAACUCAGCAUGGUCCCUACCGGCAGCAGGCUACUCGAUUCCAAUCAAGAGGGUCGCCGAGGCGCUCGGGUCCUGGGACUUCAGCCGCUCCUUCGACGGCACCACCUGGGGAUGCAGCGACAGCUUCAACAACGGCGGCCAGGGUGGCUCAGGUGUAGCUCCGGUCUAUACGGGCUUGCAGACACCACUCGACGAGCAGGCCACUUGUUUCUUCCUGUCAAACUUUGUCUUGACACUCUCAACCGGCCAGAACCCCGGCCUAUUCAGCUUCGUUCUCAAGAUACUGCAAGCACCUGGUAUUAAGGAUACACCUUUCCCGAUGGCUUUUACCGCCGUGUCACUGGCGGCAUUGGCCGGAAGACCCAAUUCGAGACACCUGCUUCCCAAGUCUCAAAUAUACUAUAGUACAGCUCUGGUGCAGCUCAAAGAAGUACUGCAAGACAAGAAGCGCGCCACAGAUGAUGCAACUCUGGCCACGACAAUUCUUUUGUCCUUCUACGAGGGAUUGGCGAGUGACAAUGAGAGUAUGGCCGGCUGGUCGAACCACCUGGACGGCGCAAAAGCCCUCAUCCGCCUCCGUGGAAAGGAUGUGAUAAAGGAGUCAACUCCUGAAGGCCUUGAGAUGUUUCAACUCGUGCGAUCAAUGUCGAUUCGACAAAAUAUGUUCGGCUUCGUCGCCAACCCUUCAGUUAGUGAUGUAGAGUGGUGGGGCCAACAUGUUGUCUCCGACAAAUCCGGUCACAUUGCCCUCGUCCUCAACAUGAAGACAACGCUCAUCCGCGCGGAAGCCGACGCGCUACUCACGUCCGGCCCCAAGACCGCAGGGAAGAUCGACAAGGCCCUAGACCUCCUCCGACGGGCUCGCGAGAUCGUGAUUGAACUCGGCCGCUGGUUGGAAAACUGCCACCCAACCUGGCCAAAGUUUGUGUCCGGUUGGGCCAAGGAGAUUUCCGACGACAGAAUUGACAAGGCCGCCACUUUCCCAGGCCCGCUUUACACGUUCCCCAACGUCUGGGUCGCCGGGAAGCAUCUGAACACCAACGCCUCGCGGAUCUUGCUCGCGGGCAUCAUCGUACGGUGUGUGCGGUGGAUAUGCGCCCCGUCCGACCACACAAAGACCGACGACUACGCCGAGGCCAUGCGCAUCGGCUGCGAAGAGGUCACAAAUGUCAUCGCCAGCGUUCCAUACUUUGUCACCUGGCAAGGUGACCGCACGACCACCCCGUAUUUCCCUUGCGGUGCGCCAACCAGCCCAAAGGCAUACAGUGGUGUGACGGCCUUGUACCCGCUGCUUUGUACCGGGUUGAGCGAAUUUGUCACGCCGAGGCAGAAGAAGUGGCUUUGUGGCCGAUUGAUGGGCAUGUCGGAAGCUAUGGGUAUCAAACAAGCCGAAGUCUUCUCCAAGUUCAUCUCCAACCAGGGCCCUCCAGCGGCUGCUUAAAUAUGCUGUAUCUCAGCUCUUUCCAAGCCUGCAUUCAUUUCAAGAAGUAGCGUGUUCAGGGACAAGCGGGUAAAAAAGGGCUGAUAUGAGUUUAUCAUGACAUGAUCGAUGCAGGGCGUUAUAAGAUCACCACACAAGCCUUGACAGGGCACAGCUAUGAUUCAAUUUCUAUCUACACAGCUUUAGAUCACCCCAGCGGGUCCUACUAUUUACUAAAUUAAAUUAUGACUGUUGAAAGGGCUUUUGUUUUCAUCAAAAGGCUCAUUGGAUAUCUGGAUGUUGAAGGCGCUCCUCAGAGGUCGGAUGAAUUGGGCAAGACGAGAAAAUGUACAGAUU